GGGAAUCAACUAUAGGGAAAAACUUGAAGUUCCACUUUCUCUCGUUUAUUUAAACCCGAUUGUCGAAGAAAUAAGGCGCUUUAACUUCAAAAGACUAUUCUACCAGAGAAUAUCCAGUGGUCUGUGUAUCUGUACAUUCAAUUGUCUUUUCCGCCGGAAGUCGUUCUACAAAAUGUUUUCGUGAAUAUAGAUAACAAGUAACUACACAUUACCCUCAUCAACCAAAUUUUCCCUGAUCAAAAACCAAAGCGAAUAUUCUUCAAAUAAUCAAGAUGUCAACAAGUAUCAAGACCAUUGUAAGAGUGAGGCCUCUGCUACCUCGCGAAGAUGCCUCUGUUUGCUUAGUGCAUAUGCCAUCAGACGAGCCUGGAAAAACAUAUCUCGACCAUUCAAAAGGCUCUAAGGUGUAUACCUUUGAUGAAUGUGUUUGGUCUCAUAGCAAGAACGAGGAAAACUACGAAAGCAAUGCGUCUUUUUAUCAAAAAUGUGGCUACCAUUUACUCGAGCAUCUUUAUCAAGGCUACAAUGUAUGUUUAUUAGCCUAUGGACAAACUGGGUCGGGCAAGACUUACACAAUGAUGGGACAAAAGAAUGAUUACGGGAUCAUCCCGCUAAUGGUACGAGAUAUCUUGCGCCAGAGAGAUGCAUUGGUCAUGGAUAAGAUUAAUUGCGAAAUGACAUUCUCCUUCAUUGAAAUUUACAAUGAGAAAGUGAAGGACUUGCUUGGUGGUUCCAAAGUUUGCCGAGUAAGAGAGGAUCCAGUUUUGGGGCCAUAUAUUGAGGGUCUCACAAAUGUUUCGGUUGAGUCAUUUGAGGAAUUUUUUGAAUUCUUGAAGACUGGAAAUUCUCUCCGUAUGACAGCAUCAACAAAAAUGAACGAAGCAAGCUCGCGAUCUCAUGCGGUACUCACCUUCACCCUCAAGCAAACUAGGUUUGCGGAAAACUCAGACUCCUCACAAUCUGUCGGUGCCCCAGCUGAAGAAAUGGUAUCUAAUAUAAAGCUUGUUGACUUGGCUGGUUCAGAGAGAUUAGCAAAAACCCAGGUUUUUCACCAGUCAGAUAGACUAAAGGAAGGUGCGCAAAUCAAUAAAUCUCUCACAGUUUUAGGAAGAUGUAUAAAUCUCCUUUCUCUGGGUGAAAAGGGUGUUGUUCCAUAUCGUGACUCUACAUUAACUUUUUUGAUGAAGGAAAACUUAUCUGGAAAUUCCAAAACGUCGAUGAUAUUCUGCGUUUCACCAACAGAUUAUGAUGAAACACAUCAGACACUCAACUACGCCACUCAAGUCAAAAAGAUCAAAACCAAAGCUAAAGCUAGUGCCUCAAAGCUUCUUGCCCCACCUGUUGAUUGGGCAGCACUUCAUGUUGAGGAUCAAUCAAUAGUCGAGAGGCUAAGAGAAGAAAUCAGUGCUCUCAAAAAGCAGAUUCAUGAAUCUCAAAUCGCAGAAAAAGACGAGGGAGCUGAUCAUCUUAUCACUUAUUUUACAAACGAGAGCCAAAGACAGUCGUUUGAGAUCAAAUAUCUUAGAAAUCGAUUGCAGAGUAAAAAUGAGGAGUUUGAGGAGAUACAAGGCCACAACAGAUAUUUAAAAUCGGAGAUCAAGCUUCUGCUUCGCAAACAAUCUUCCAUUGAACAAAAGCGCUUGGUCGCGCGUGCCAGUGAGACAAUUAAGCGGUGCGAGACUGAGGCGCAAAUGAUCGGAGAGAUCGUAGAGGAGUUUGUCUCAUGUCCGAAGCGGGCUAGGGAGAAGGGUCGAUAAGGAGCUCAACCACUCUCACAUGGGUAUAGUAGUAAAAGGAGCUCAACCACUCUCACAUGAGUAUAGUAGUAGAAGGUCCCACGCAUCCUUGAUUUCGUCUGAUAUCAAAUCAAUUUUAUCAAUUUAAGUUUGGAUGCGGCGAUCCUUGACACUUUAAAGGUGAAAGCUCAAUCUAC